AUGUGUGCAACCGAACCUGGUUAUUACAGUUUUGGCCCAGAAAAAGACGCGCUGCAGGAUCUUGGCGGUGAGGAUUUGUUCAGUGAUUUCAUGCCAACUAUUGAGCCAGUAGCCGAUGAUACUAUCAGUUCGGUUGCGAAUAACGUAGAUGAUUUGGCAUCAUCAUUUGAAAGCAUCGAGCUAAAAAAUAUGCAUCCCGAUCGGGCAGUGAACAAGGAUCAAUCCAUUCGGAAAUGA